GGCGCCCCAAGCGGGUCCGGCCCGGGGAGCGGGGGCCGCGGCCGCCGAGCAUGGGGAAAUCCAACAGCAAGUUGAAGCCUGAAGUUGUGGAGGAGCUGACCAGAAAAACCUACUUCACCGAGAAGGAAGUGCAGCAGUGGUACAAGGGCUUCAUUAAGGACUGCCCCAGUGGGCAGCUGGACGCAGCUGGCUUCCAGAAGAUCUACAAACAGUUCUUCCCGUUCGGAGACCCCACCAAGUUCGCCACGUUUGUUUUCAACGUCUUCGAUGAGAACAAGGAUGGCAGGAUCGAGUUCUCCGAGUUCAUCCAGGCACUAUCGGUGACCUCAAGGGGGACCCUGGAUGAGAAGCUGCGGUGGGCCUUCAAGCUCUACGACUUGGAUAAUGAUGGCUACAUCACCAGAAAUGAGAUGCUGGACAUAGUGGACGCCAUUUACCAGAUGGUGGGGAACACCGUGGAGCUCCCAGAAGAAGAGAACACUCCCGAGAAGAGGGUAGACCGGAUCUUUGCCAUGAUGGACAAGAAUGCUGACGGGAAGCUGACGCUUCAGGAGUUCCAGGAAGGCUCCAAGGCCGAUCCCUCCAUUGUGCAGGCUCUGUCCCUCUACGAUGGACUGGUAUAGUCCAGGCCCAGAGCUGGGAUGUGUGGGAAUCACUCGCCUCUUCCUGUGCCAUGAGGCCACCGCAGCCUGACACCACCCCCGUGCCCACCCAGCCUUCCUCAUCUACACACAGCCGGCUGCCCCUGAGCCUCCAGGCCCGGGUCUCUUCCCCCCCUGCCCUGCAUCCACCUGCCGCCUGAAGCCACUGGUUCCAAUUGUCAACAGCCUCCGCUUGUUCAAAAUAGCGAUGAACCGAAAUGGAAAAGGCUCCAGCCCUCCGCAAAACUAAGGACUUGGCUGUCUCCCUCGGGCAACCAUUCCAUUCCUCCUGCUCUCCUGCGUGUGUGCUUUCUUUUUUUAUUUCAAAUGGACAUUGUAAAAGAAAACAAACAAACUACCUUCUGUUCUAGAAGAUACUGACCCUUGGGAGAAGGCCUCCAGGGCUCCGAGAACUCAGUCUCUGCUGGCCCUCUGCAGCGGUGGCCAGGGGCAGGGCUGCCUGGUGGUGAGGGUUCUCAGCCCAGCCUUUAGGAGCGAGGCCACUGGCAGGCAAGGAUGGUUAGUGAUGAUGGCUCAUGUGAUAACAGUAUUGUGUGUUCCGUGGGGAAAGUGAGUUUUUUUUUUAUACUCAUAUAUAAUCGAUACCUUUUAUUUAUUGGUUGUUAACUAUUGCUGCUACCUUGUGUGUCUGAAACUCCCAGGUUGCUGGGCCUCCGUUUACAUGUGCACACCCUCACCCACCUGCCCGCUCACUUGGGAGGAUGGUGGCCUGCAGCGGCCAAGAAGCCAAAAAUCUUUUCCUCUUUUUUUCAGAUACUGUGCUCCAUUUUUGGAGAGGGGAAGGUGGGCGUUCCUAAACGGCUAAUGUACUGUUCCCCCAGCUUCUGCCCUGCGGUCCCCACCCCUCUCCUCUGCUCUCCUCGGAGUCCAUAACACUUUUUUCAAGGACAAACGGGACUUUUUUUUUUUUUUUUUUUUCAACUCUUGCUCUGAUGUUCACAGCAGAGAGAAAGUGGAGAGCCUUGUUCUGGGAGUGGGGACUGGGAGAGGGCGUCGGGCACACAGUAUGGAGAGUAUGAAGUGGGCUUCUCGGCUUUCCUGCCUCUGUCUGCCUUUUGUAGCAGGCUACAUGGCUUCUUCUCUGCUCAGAGGCUGAGAAGGAGGGGAUGAAAGGACAGGACCAGGCCAUGCUACUGAGGGAGGCUCUGCUCGUCCAGAGCUAGGGAUGGCUCCGUGUCUGUCACCAGGAACACUGGGCAGCCAUGGACCAGAAGCAAGAGGCCCAAGGUUGGGCUUCUCUGUGAUUUCAUAGUCUGCCUCUCGGUCAGUAGGGCUGGGGGUGGCGGGGAGGCGGUUGGUGGUUGGUCUGGCUGACGAUGUCUGAUUCCCAGCCCGGAGCUUGGGUUCCUAUGUCUGUGGUACUGUUCUGUGGUUGUGUUUGCCAGGCCCUGGUGUCUGAUGGUGCCUCCUUCAGGCCCUCUUCAGUGUUCUCUAGGCUCGCGAGCUCCUUGGGGGCUCACCCUCACCGUGGGCAACUUUCUCAGUUGAGACGCGGCCUCCCAGCUGCAGACAGGCGGGCCUGGGCCCAUAGUUCUUGCUUCUAGUUUGUGUCGCCUCUCUGGCCACCAGCGAGAGGGGGAAAUGGCCGCUGGAUUUUGUUCUGCUCCGAUCCUCCUGUGAUCUCCAUCAUACUUCUAGGAGGCCGAACUCUUCCUUGCUAAUGACCCGUGGGUGAGUAGCUGUCAGCUGGGGGAAGGAUGUCCUCCAUCAAAUGGUGGCUCUGUGUGGGUGUGGAUGCUUACCCAGUCCACAAAUACACCCCUUCGUGGGCAGGCCUUUGGCUCACGUGUGCCCACUGUUGGCCCACCAGAUCCCACAGGGCUCCGGUUGCAGAGGCAAUUUUCUUUGAGGCUUCUCUGGGUCAGCUUCCUGCUUGGCCACCGACAGGGCCUUUAGGACGGGGAGUAGAUGCAGUGAUGUAGGAGGAUAAGAGUGGACUUUCUGUGGUCUUGGGAGCCUCUCUGUCAGUAGCAUUUUUGGUGGCAUCCAGACUCGAUGGGUUCUUAGCUGUGGACUGUCAAGGAUUAAGCCUGGGUUUUCACCGAGCCUGUGGGUCCAGGUUUCCUCUUGGCAUCUUGGCUUUUCGGUUUGCAGCCUCAAGUGUGGCUUUUGGUCUUCACAGUGUAUGUCCUUGGGCCAAGCCUUGGACACUGAGACAGCCCUGGGCUGCCUUCUUCCUGGCAGGAUGCCGGACACUGUUUUCAUUCAAGGAUGCGUCCUGACAGACUUCCGUCCUUCUCUCUCACCAGCCGUUAGCUGUGGCACACAGCACGCCCAGAAUCUGAGGCUGGGCCUCUUCUGAGCAGCCUGAGGGCCUCUCCCCAAGUUCACUUCCACUGAGUCCCACCCCAUCCGACGCUGCUUUCUUUAGGGGUGUGGUCCAGCCUAUGAGGCCAGGUCCCUAGUCCCUCUGCAGACGCUCCCUGCGAGGGCCAGGGAUGCUGUGCCCCUCCCCCUCUUCUUCCAAGCAGUUGCUCCUACUUUGUGUUGACUGUGACUUAGGAGAGCGUCACGACUUUGCGGUAUCCAGCCAGGUUUAAAAUAACAAGGCAAAUGUAUGCGGCACUGGUAUCUCUUUCUUUAAAUGCUUUGCAGUCUGACAGUUGAUUUCCUAUGAAGGUGCAUUUGGGCUUUUGGGGACAGUGUCUCUUCCAGGGGAUGGUGGAGUGUAGGGUGCCUGGGGAUCCCUGGCAUCUCUCCAGAGAAAGUCCCCACUACUGGCCAAGCAGAAAGCCACUAUGAUUGCUCCCAGUGUAUUUCCGAAUUUACAUGAUCCAAGGAUCACAGGGGCGCCCCCUGGUGGUGGCGCCUUGGGGCUGCAGUGGUCCAGUAAGUGGUGAAGUUGGAGGCCAGAGGUGGGAAGGCCAAGGAGGCUGUGGUUGAAGAGGCCAUGGACCCCCAGCCGCACAUAUCUGGCAGCAUGUCUCCCACCUGCCCCUCUGCUAGAUCAUCCGGGGCUGGCAAGGUAGUUGGCAGAAGGGCACAGUGGGAAGCUUUGCCCUCCCAACUUUAAUUUUUUUUUAAAUAUCUGCAAAAUAAACCCAAUGGUUAAUUUUUGAAUGAAUAAAAGGCUUUUGUUGAAUAAA